UUCACUCCUCGUCCCAAAUACUAAAGAGAGAGGCUUCACUUCUAGGGAGAGAGAGAGAGAGAAAGAUCAUGGGGAGUUUGGGGAGGGCAUUGAGCAAGGGCAGCAUCCGGUGCCUGACAACGGCUGCGGCGGCCCGAGAAUCGGCGGAGGGUUCUCUCUUCCAGCGGCUAACCGCCCUCGCCGGAACCGACGGCAGCGCCGGUGUCGAGCUAAACAAGUGGCUGGAGGAAGGGAAGUCCGUCAAGAAAUGGGAGAUCGAGCGGUUCAUCAAGAGGCUGCGUGGUUACAAACGAUUCAAACACGCUCUCCAGCUUUCAGAAUGGAUGGAUACCAAAGAUAUGAAGUUGUCUCGUGGAGACUACGCAGUCCGCAUAGAUCUUCUAGCAAAGACUCAAGGAGUGGACUCAGCAGAAAAGUAUUUUCACAGCCUUCCUAAAGCAAAAAGGAACUGGGCUACCUAUGGUGCCCUGCUGAAUUGUUACUGUGUGAAUAAAAUGACAGAAAAAGCAGAAUCCCUCUUUGGGAAGAUGAAGGAAGAAAAAUUUGCUUGUACCUCCUUAGUAUAUAACAACAUAAUGACCCUGUACUUGAAGAUAGAUCAACCGCAGCGCGUGCCUCCACUGGUACAAGAGAUGAAAGGGAAAGGUCUGAAGCUCGACAUAGUUAGUUAUAACCUCUUGAUGAACAGUUAUGCAGCCAUGAAUGACGUUGAAGGGGCAGAGAAGGUUGUUGAAGAAAUGAAAGGAGAAGGCAAGGCUGGUGGCUGGUCCACAUAUAGUAAUCUGGCUGCAAUUUAUGUCAAAGCUGGGUUGUUUGAAAAAGCAGAAUCUACUCUUAAAGAGGUAGAGAAAACAGAAGGCACCAAGAGUCGAGAAGUUUUUCAAUUUCUUAUGAGCCUGUAUGCAGGUACAGGUAAUGCUGCUGAGGUUUAUAGAAUUUGGGAUGCUUUAAAAUCUGCAUUUCCAAAAAGUACAAACUUAAGCCAUCUUGUCAUGCUUCAGUCCCUCGUGAGGCUGGGUGAUAUUUCUGGUGCCAGAGUAUUUUUUGAUGAGUGGGAAUCGAAAUGCCUACACUAUGAUUUUAGGUUGACAAAUGUGAUGAUCUCUGUAUACCUCAACCGCAACAUGAUCAACGAAGCAGAGUCAAUUUUCGAGGGAGCUAAGAAGAAGGGAGGCAUUCCCACUGUCAGAACCAUGGAGAUAUUCAUGGACUAUCACAUGAAGAACGCUCAGUUUGAUUUUGUGCUGAAGUUCCUGGAUGAAGCCAUCACUAAAUCUUAUAGUAACAACUGGAAGAUGAGCGUAGAGAAGUUUCAGCCACUGAAAAAAUACUUUGAAGAAAAUGGCAAUGUUGAUGGAGCUGAGGAGUUGUAUGAGAAAUUUAAGAAGACGAACAGUCUUGAGGCUGCAGUCUAUGACUCACUACUACGCACUUACAUUGCUGCUGGAAGGACGGAGCCAACUAUGCGACAAAGAAUUGAGGCUGACAAGGUCGAGGUGAAUCCAGAAAUGGAGAAGCUGCUUGAGAAAGUUUGCCCAUUGUAGUUUCUGGAAGACGGUGGAAUACAAAAUUCUGAUCCUCAGGUGUUCUGUAACUUGGUCCCUCUGUGGAGAACAGCACCUGGGAGCUUUGGCUCUGAACUCACUGUGUAGUGAUGCAGGAAGCUAUGAUUCCAAGUGAUCGCUCCCACCUUGGUGUCAUUCCCUCUCUCCUCUCCCCGCAUUCUAAAUUCUCUUGGAAGUACUUGGCCAACAAUUUAUUAUAGCAGACGCAGUCUUGUCCUAUGUUUUUGGGCAGUCGUGAUUUCUCUGCUUCCUCCUUUAUUUUUCCUUUCUGUUCAUGGUGGUUUUAGAAUUGGACUUGGUUGAGUUAUUUGGGCCACUUUCACCAACUUUUUUUUCUGAAACAACCACAGUUAUCUUUAUUACCAUGUUCCUAAUGGCCUUUUGGAAAGUUUGAAAUAAAUCUUUUUAAGUA